UAUGUGGUGGAAGUGAGAAACCUUAAAGAGAAACAAAAGAAAAAGUAGGGAUAAGAAGCGAUUGGCUAUGCGAGUCAAAUUUAGCACGUGUAUACGUUCUGUAGUAUACGUUGAAACGUAUAAACGUUGUAAAAUAUACGUUGAAACGUGUAAGCGUUGAAAGCUUAUUUCUUCUAUUUUAUCAAUAAAUUUAAAAAUGUAAACUAGAUGUUCAUAAUUAUUAACAUACUUCUAUUGAAAUUUAUAUAUAAUCUGAUACUUGAAAUUUAAAAAUAAUAGUUACAUAUUAUACGACGCCGAUAUAGAGGCAGUUAUAGUAGCGGUCAAAAUGGCGAACGCGGCUUGUACCACGUUUUCUCAAGACGGUCAAUAUUUUGCUUAUUGUGGCAGUGAUGGAAAAUUGAAGAUUUGGGAGGUAGCAACGAGCAGACUCAAGCAAGAAUACGUACCAAAUUUACAUCUUUAUUCGCCAUGUAGUGUCUUAUGUUGGAUCUCCGUAAAUACUCAGGCAACAAGCACGUCGCUCUCACCAUGGAAGAAACGCAGAAGGAAGUUGAUCUCAGAAGAAAUAGAACAAAAAGGAAUUAUUGCUAUGGGAUCUGUAAAUGGAAAGAUCACUUUAUAUGAUACUGCAGCUGCUACUGUUUGUGGUCAAUUAGAAAAUGGCCAUUCUUCAUGUGUAACAGCUUUGACUUGGUCGGCAAAUUGUGGUUUAUUUACAGCCGCUGAUGAUUAUCAUAUAGUUGAAUGGAAUAUUAAAGAAAAUGGGAUAAAGUGUAAGUGGAAAUCUGGUAAAGCGAAAGUUACAGCCUUAGCAGUGAUGCAAGAUGGAAAAUCUAUGAUCUCUGCAGAAAGAAUAAUCAAAUGGUGGAAUUUGUCCACAAAACAAAUCAUUAGGACUUUUACUGGACAUGCUGGUCAAGUUACUUCAUUAAAUCCAAUAACAGUGAACAAAAACGCCAGUUAUUUAAUCAGCGGAGCAUGUGAAGAUGGAUAUCUUAGUAUAUGGGCGUUAGAUGAAACCAAAAAUGAUAAAUGCCCUAUGGCUACAUUAGCGAUGCAAGAUGAAGCUUUAUCUGUUUCUGUACAUGUGAAUGAAGAGUCUCAAGUGAUGGUGUUAGCCAUUACUAGGUCAGGACAAGCACAUAUCUUUAAAUAUCAACCUAAUGGACGUUCUAAGCCAUUGAAGCCUACACUGACUAUUGCAGUUGCUUCGGAUGUACAUCAGAAAGAAACUAUACAACAGAUUCCUAUUCUUAUGGCAAAAUUGAUAGAAAAUGAAAAAUUAUUAUUAGCAUAUGGUUCUUACAUCAAUCCGACAUUUGAGAAAGUUACACCAGACUUUUCAGAUAAAAUACAGUAUUUAAUACGUUCUGAAGUAAAAAGAACAAAAGAAAGGAAAGAAGAAUCAGUUACAAAAGUAAAAGCCACCAUUACAGAAGAUAAUGUAGAAUAUUUAGCGCCUGGAACAGGGAGUACACCAAUAAAAAGAAAUAGAACCAGUUCAGCAGGCUCUCAAUUACCUUUGAAAGAUAGAUUGGAAAAUCUUAGUUUGAAUGUAGAAACAAAUGCUAUAGGCAGGACUCCUUCGAAAGGAGCUAAUAUGAUACAAUUGUUAAUGCAGGGAUUAAACAGCAAAGAUAGGACAAUAUUAAAUAAUGUAUUAUUUACUAAAAAUGAAAGAAUAAUUAGGAACACUAUUGCCAAAUUACCUAUCCAGGCAAUAACACCUUUGCUUAAAGAAUUAUGUGCAAUGUUACAAGGCAAAACAUAUCCGAGUAAGAUUGCUACUAUGUGGUUACAAAUAUUGAUAACAACGCAUGCAGCACACUUCCUAUCACAUCCAAAUAUUGGAGAAUCACUCAGUCCUAUUUUGAGUUUGAUCGAUGCAAAGCUAAUGUUAUUGACACAAAUAUCAAGAUUAAGAGGACGCGUUUCGCUUAUAACCGGACAAAUUACCAGAAGCAAAGAAGAACAAGACAAUAAUAUAAUGGAGGACACUUUGCUUGUUUAUCAAGAUGCAGAUUCAUCUGACGAAGGUCCGGCUUUGGAUGAGGUAGAUUUAGAGAGUGAAUCAGAUGAGAAUUGGGAGGAAAUGUCCGAUCAAGAAGAGCAAGAAGAACAAGAAGAGCAAGAAGAGCAUAAUGAAGAUGACAAUAAAAGUGUUAUAUCUAAAGACGAAAAUGACUUUAUAAGCAGUUGAAUUUUUAUUAUCAUUACCCAAUUUCGAGUUCCUGAGAGCAGUGAAUAGUAAAUAUGAGUGGCGCCAACAGUAUGGUAUAAAAUCCUUAAAUGGAAUUCAUCUACAAAUUGAACCCCAAGAUUGAAAUUUAAGAUGUAAUUUUAAAAUCUGUUUAAGGUUUAUACCAAAUAAUUAUUCAUAAUACUUAUUGUAAAAACUGAUACAUAAUGAAAACCACAUGUAAAGCUCGAAAAUGACAUAUUCCUACUUUUUCAUAAUGCCACACUUCUUAAAUAUAUUACAAGCAUAAAAUCGAAUUGUACAUAUUAAAGAAAUAUUCGUUUAUCAUCAA